CGUUUCCUUUGCAUACUUUAUAUCAUACAAUUCCACUCACUAUCUAUGAGCAGCUCCUUCCGAAAGCGCGUGCCGGCUGGUCAGCAGGCCAAGCCGCCGCCAGCCACACGACUGAAUCCACACAGCGCUCAGCUGCUCGUGUCUACUGGAGUGCCCUCGCUCGACGAUGUUCUCGGAGGCGGACUCCCCGUGGGUGGCGUGCUGUUGAUUGAACAGGAUCGCCAGACUGGGUAUAGCAACACCCUGCUAUCGUACUUUGCCAGCCAGGCCAUCGCCGCGGGUCACAAGCUGUGCAUCGUCAAUGCUGACCAAAAUGUUGACUUGAAGACCCAGCUGCCAGGGUGGGCUAGCGCCUUAUCCGGGGCUGCAGAAGCAAAUAAGGAAAUAUCAAAGGGCGCUGACGAUACCGAUGCUAUGAAGAUCGCCUGGCGCUACAAAAAUUUGCCCAAGAUAAGCAGCAUGGCAGCAGAAGUUCAGUUCUGCGAGCGAUUUGACCUGUCUUUGCGCAUACCUGGAGAUGUUGUGGAUAAGGCUCAGCCUCGCUAUGACGGUGACAUGUACCGGUGCGUCCUUGACCGUAUAUCGGAGCUGGUCCAAGAUGGAUUCAGCUCUCUGACGCCCCUCAAGCCAAACACGGAGCGCACAAUCCUGCGAAUUGAGCUGCGGUCGCUGGGAUCAGGGUCCAAAAACACUUCGAUUCUGCAGUUCCUUCAUGAGCUGCGCGGGUUGCUGCGCUACUCCUACGCCGCCUGCGUUAUCUCGUUCCCCGUGCAUCUAUACGAAGAGGCUGGUGUGCGGCUGCCCAUUGUUCGCCGCAUCGAGCAUCUCUGCGACGCAGUCAUCGAGCUCGAGUCCUUCGAGGGCACGUAUGCUUCGCCUGCAGACAUUGUCGCGCGGCAGACCAGGACUGAUGCAGCUUCCAGCCAGGACUACCACGGUUUUUUGCACAUUCACAAGCUGCCGAGGCUCAACUCGCUGACAGCGUCGAUGGGCCGGCUGUCGUUGCUGCACACCGGCGGCGGGUCUGCGAAUAACUUGGCCUUCCGUUUGCGUCGCAAAAAGUUUUCGAUAGAGACAUACCACCUACCCAUUGAGGGUGGCACUGUCGAGAGACGUGUGCCCGGCAAAGAGGAGGACAAGAAAUCACAGGGUCGCCAGUCUGUUGGCAAGGGCGGGGUCGGAUGUGGGUCUACGCCUGGGCGCAAAGACCCGCUCGAGUUCUGAUCCAUUGUUUUCAUUUAUUGAUGCUUAUUUGCGAGCUGCUGCCGCCUAUGGUAUGGCACUGUGAGAAUUUUGGAAAUUAAAAUUUAUGCAAAACAUUCAGCUGACGCC